AUGCCCCAGAAGAAGGGUGUGACACCGAUCCACAAUGGUGAACCAGACAUGGAGAACGAUUCGCUCGCAAAAACCACGGUGAAGCCUGAAAGGAAUGACGAAUCGGACAAGCGGAUGAUGAUGCCGGAAAACAAGAAUGUGUCACCGAUCGAGAAAGAUAAACUACACGAGGAAAAUAAUUAUGGGCGCACCAGAAGUGACUCCGAUGGAGGUUUGUCGGAAGGUGUUAUCGUAAGUGCAUCGAGUCAGCCUGAUCUGGUUACAGUCAAGCGCAACGUCGCAAAUUCGGAUCAGAAAAUAUCAGUCGAUAGCAGAGCGAAUGGAAGAUCGUCGAAAUUACACGACCAUGCCACGGACACUAAUGAAGGAGAAGCCGAAGUUAGCAAAAUGCGAACUGAA